AUGUCUCGACUUCUCACUUCUACUCUUCGAGGUCUCCCAAGAAUCGCUAAACCCAUAUAUACCGUACCUGGAAGAUCAUUCAUCUCUUCUUCUACCACAACCAGUUCUUCAUCUGCCGCUUUCGCUCAAGAACAACAAUCAUCAGACGAUAUGCCAGUUGCCGUUAAGACCGCUGCCCAAUGGGCUGAAUUUGGACGAGAUCACGUUUGUCAUGGGUUAGGUCGAUUGAGAGAUCACGUUAUUGUCAAAGGGUCAGGUCUGGAUCUUUACACCGCCGAAGGCAAGAAAUUACUUGAUUUCACUGCUGGUAUCGGAGUGACCAACCUUGGACAUUGUCACCCUCACGUAUCUCGAGCCGCUGCUGAACAAGUCAACAAUCUCGUUCAUCUCCAAUGCUCCAUCUCGUUCCACGCACCUUACCUUCAACUUAUCGACCGACUUCUUCCCGCCAUGCCUCACGAAUCUCUCGAUCAAUUCUUCUUCUGGAACUCUGGUUCCGAAGCUAUCGAGGCUGCCAUCAAGGUUGCUCGACAAGCUACCGGCAGACAAAACAUGAUCGUCUUCUCCGGCGCUUACCACGGUAGAACUAUGGGUUCAGGCGCUUUGACCAGAUCCAAACCUAUCUACACGCAAGGUACUGGUCCUUUGAUGCCCGGUGUCUUCUCUUCUGCUUUCCCUUACUGGCAUCAACUUGGUGUAUCCCCUUCCACAUCCGAAGAAGAACUUGUCCGAUUGGCUGAACACCAACUUGACUUGAUCCUCAGACAACAAGUCAACCCCAAAGAUGUCGCCGCUAUCUUCAUUGAGCCUGUCCAAGGAGAAGGUGGAUACGUCCCUGUCCCACCUGCGUUCCUUCGACACCUUCGAGAUGUCUGUGACAAGCACGGUAUCUUACUUGUCAUUGAUGAAGUACAAUCAGGAUUCUUCCGAACCGGAUCGUACUUUGCCAUUGAACAACUUACACCUGAGCUUCGACCUGAUAUCCUUGUUUUCGCCAAGGGAGUAGCGAACGGUUUCCCCAUCUCUGGUAUCGCCUCAAACAAAGAAUUGAUGGGCAAAUUAGAUGUUGGAUCUAUGGGUGGUACAUACUCUGGAAAUGCAGUUGCUUGUGCAGCUGGUAUUGCAUCUCAAGAAGUAUAUCAAUCUGGUGAAAUUGGUCAAAAUGUAGCUGAAAGGUCUAAACAACUUUACGCUGUCCUCAAUGGUCUUGCCGAAUCCUCAAAGACGAAACAUUUGAUCGCUCAAGUAAGAGGAAUGGGUUUAAUGGCUUCAAUCGAAUUCAGAAAUACGUCAGAUCCAUUAACUCUUGAAGGUAUCCCAGAAGGAACUGCCGUUCCCAAGAACAUUGGUAAACGAGUUCAAGAAUAUUGUCUUAACAAAGAUCUCAUCAUUUUAACCACUUCUUGUUUCGACACUAUUCGUUUCAUCCCGGCUUUAACUGUAAAUGAAGAAGAGAUUGAUAGAGCCAUGAAGAUCUUCACUGAAGCCGUUGAGAACGUUGCUAGGGAAGGUUAG